AUGGUCAAAGUGAUACCAAAAGUGAUCAAUUCGCCGUAUCCGAGGUCCCGAUUGCCAAUGUUCCUCUACAGUGUCUCCAUUUAUUUUCCGAUGGUCGCUGCUCCGACAAUAAUGAUAAUCUCAUUGACAUGGCUCAUCACCGCCCUCUAUUAUGUGCACAGUCCGUGCACAUUGGCCUACAAUUUUAUGGAAAUGCCAUCCGCCGUUUUUUGCUCACUUCUCUCCGGAAUUAGUGCUGUCAUCGAAAUUCACUUUUCAAUCGACGCCAUGCAAGUCCAAUGGGUCGACCAAUCCUUCUGGAUAUUUACAGUCUCCACCGCGUUGUGCCUUCUACAUGCCAUGGUGGCCUUCGCCCUUCAGUAA